GGAAAGGACAAAGGAGGAGCUUGGAAAACAUGUCAAAACUAUUCUGCUGGGUGAUGAUGGCGAAUUGAAGACGAAGACUACUGCAGCAGCCCAGACUUGAUUUCGGGGAAUUUCAUUUUGCACCAUCCGACGAAAUUUCUACAGAUCAGAAGGUGAUAAUGAAUAAGAAUAUGAAUUGGGUUCAGCGCAAAGUUUACCUCUACAACGUUACGUUCGGACUCUACAUGCUCGACUGGUGGGAGCGUUUUCUCUUCAAUGCUCUGUUGGUUGUAUUGAUGUGGUUUGUUUGUUACAAUGGGGUUCGUUCUGCGUCGGAGUUCUGCACGAGGUUUGUUACAGUGAUCAGUCCCCGUGUGCAGGGACCUCAGAUCAAGAUCCAACAGUAGCCGGAAUACUAUAUUAUGUCUCAGCUUGUUUUAUAUGUAUACUUUUUGCUUAUUUUUAUUUAGCAAUACUUUCUCGUUAAUCGAUAUGUAAGUUCAUAUAGAAAUUGUAUGGCAUUUAAGCAGCAAUUAUUCUUGUGUUAGUGAUAGAUACAUCAUGAAUUUGUCUCUAUUGUUUAAUGGCAGCAAAAUCCCUUGAGAAGCCACCUUGUAUUUUGAUUUUAUUUGUGUUUGGUUGCUUCGAUAGAGACGUGAUAUGUUUCGAAUAAUUAAUCGUGUAGAUGUGACUGAAACGGCACAACACACUUGAAAUUUUGUGUAUAUUUGUAUGUUAGCAUUGUUUUAUUUUGUGGUCGUUAAUUUGUAAAACCCGUAAUGAUUAUGAUCUCGUCGUGUUUUAUUGUC